GAAAGAAUUACAAUGAACAAGCCCAAAAUUGUCCGACCAGAAGAGAGGUAAGUGCUGUCAGCCUCUCUUUGUGUACUAAAAUGUCCAAUAUGUGCUUUGUUACUAGUCAUUAUAUAUAUUUAUAUACAUCUCUGUGUCUUAACAGCCAGCCAGCAGUCGCAAAGUGGUUUGACAGGAAGAAAUAUGUCACCAUUAACUUUAUGGUGCAUAAACCUAAAGAAGUCCAGGUGGAUAUCCAGGAUAAUAAAAUGAUUUUAUGCUGCAAAAAUGACACAGACGAUGUGUUUUACAAUGAGCUGUACUUCUACGAUAGGAUUCAAAAAAAUGACUCCAGAGAAAAAGUCUAUGACCGCAGCAUCAAUCUCUUGAUAAGGAAGUGGAAGCCUGAUUUUUCAUGGCCUCGACUCCAGAAGGAUGAAGCUAAACCCAGCUGGAUUGCUGUAGACUUUGAUAACUGGAGGGACUGGGAGCAUGAAGAAGAGGACGGAAAGGAAGAGUACGAUAGAUACGUGGAUAUGAUCAAAGAUAUGGCUUCCAGUAACAAAGGACAAAGGCCAGAUAUGGGUGAUCUUAGUGAUUUCGUUACCUCUGUGGUAUCCUGCAGCCCAGCUGAACUCAAACAUGAAGUGAAUGGAAAGAAAGAAACUCUAAAGGGAUUCAAUGUCAAGCUCCAAGACACCAUCUUGUUUCCUGAAGGAGGUGGCCAACCAGAUGACCAUGGGCUGAUUGGAGAUGUCCCAGUCUUAAGAGUGACCAGGCAGGGGGCUGAAGCUGUACACUUUGUGGGCUCACCUCUGGAGGUGGGUCAGGAGGUGCAGCUGAAGGUGGACUGGGAGAGGAGGUUUGAUCACAUGCAGCAACACUCAGGUCAACACUUGGUUACAGCUUUGGCAGAUGCAAUGUUUGGAUACAAGACUACAUCAUGGGAACUGGGGCGACAGAGAAGCACCAUUGAGCUGGACACUCCCUGUGUGAAGCCGGUGCAGCUGCAGGCCCUGGAGGAAGCUGUAAACGAAAAGAUCAGAGUCCACGUCCCUGUCAAUGUUCAGCUCCUCUCUAUAGACGAUCCUGCUGUGGAAAAGGUGAGGAGCCGAGGGCUGCCAGAAGACCAUGCAGGACCCAUUCGGAUCAUCGAUAUCGAGGGCGUCGAUGCCAACAUGUGCUGUGGAACCCAUGUGUCUAACCUCAGCCACUUACAGGCAAUAAAGCUACUGGGAACUGAGAAAGGAAAGAAAAACAAAACCAACCUGAUCUUCCUGGCAGGAAACAGGGUAUUGAAGUACGCUGAGAAAAGCUACAGCACAGAGCGAUCAUUGGUGUCUCUCCUCAAGACUGGACCUGAUGAGCACGUCGAGGCCGUUGACAAGUUGCAGAAAUCUGUUAAACUACUACAGAAAACUAACCUGAGCCUGCUUCGAGACAUGGCCGUCCUCAUCACCCAGAACUUUAAGAACGACCCCCAGAGAGGCAACUUCUUCAGCUUGCACAAGAAAGAGGGUGACAAUGAGUUCAUGAAUAUCAUUGCCAAUGAAAUAGAUACUGAGAAAACACUAGUGUUUCUGACUGUCGGGGAGGAGAAAGGACCUGGUUUGUUUCUACUGGCUGGACCCAGUGAACGAGUGGCUGAACUGGGACCACGGGUGUUAGAGAUGCUCCAGGGGAAGGGGGCAGGAAAAAACGGACGUUUCCAAGGAAAAGCCAGCAGCCUGGCACGCAGAGGAGAGGUGGAGACUUUCCUGCAGCAGUACUGCAAACAUCACACCUCAGAGGAAGAAUAAACCCAGCGAUGCUUACGUACAAAUUAUUUUUUUAUGAACUUGACAUUUAGAAGCCAGUAAGGAUCGCUGAUAGUUGUAAUACUACAUUAUAGACACUAAAUGUGUUAAAAGCACAUAAAGGUGAAUCAUUUCUGUUUCAUGUAUAUAACUGGGAUCAGUACAACAUAUCUGAAUGUUAAUGUCAUGUACAGUUUUUAUUAAUUUAAACCAUCUGUUAAACCUUAUUUUCUGGUCGGAUUUUAUUAAGUAACAUGCUGUUUUAUAUUUACACGUACAGG